AUGGCGAUAAGCUCCUCUGCACAGUCCCUCUCCCAAGGUGAGGCUGACUCAUCCUCAUCCACCAAGAUUGAGAAGGGAGAGACCUGUGUCCAAAUCACCUUCUGCCCAACACUGCAAGACCAAACUGCCUUCUCCAGCUCAGGCAUUAUGGCUGACUUCGUGGUACAGUAUGAUGUAGUCAUGGAGGACAUCAUUGGAGAUGUGCAGGUAAGGGAUGGCUAUUUUAUUCAUUACUUUGCUCCCAGAGGCCUCCCAUCUGUUGAGAAAAACGUGGUGUUCAUUAUUGACGUGAGAGGCUCCAUGUUUGGUACCAAGAUGAUGCAGACAAAAAAGGCCAUGAAUGUGAUCCUUGGUGACCAACAGCCCAAUGACUACUUCAACAUCAUCUCCUUUUGUGACACAGUUAGUGUCUGGAAAGCUGAAGGCUCCAUCCAGGCCACCAUCCAGAAUGUCCACAGUGCCAAGGACUACCUGGGCCACAUGGAAGCUGAUGGUUGGACUGACAUCAAUGCAGCUCUGCUGGCAGCUGCUUCAGCGCUGAACCAUAGGAACCAGGAGCCAGGAAGUAGCCCCAAUGUGGGGAGGAUCCCUCUCAUCAUCUUCCUGACAGAUGGGGAGCCCACAGCAGAAGUGAUACUCCCCAGUGUGAUCCUCUCCAGUGUCUGUCAGGUGCUGGGCUUGCUUUUCAGCUUGGCCUUUGGGGAUGACACUGACUUCUCACUGCUGCGUCGCCUGUCCCUGGAGAACUGGGGAGCAGUCUGGCACAUAUAUGAGGACACUGAUGCAGCCCUACAGCUGGAGGGCAUCUAUGAGGAAAUGUCCAUGCCUCUGCUGGCCGAUGUGCAUCUGGACUACUUGGGGGGCUUGGUUGGGGCCUUCCCUUGGGCCUUUUUCCCCAUCUACUUUGUUGGCUUAUAGCUGGUGGUGGCAGGCCAGGUGCAGCCAGGCAAGCAGGAACUGGGCAUCCAUCUGGCAGCCCAUGGCCCAAAGGGUCAGCUUCUCGUGGCCUGCCACAGUGAGGUAGCCAGCAACAAUAGCCAAAAGAGCAUUGGUUGCCCAGGAGAGGCAGCUCCCAAUGUAAUCCACUUCAUUCACUGCCUCUGGGCCUAUAUCACCGUUGGAGAGCUGCUGGAGGCAUGCUUCCAAGCCUGUGACAGCACCACUUGCCACCUGCUGGCUGCCAAAGUCCUCAAUUUGUCUCCUGAAUACAACUUUGUCACACCUCUGACUUCAUUGGUCAUGGUGCAGUCCAAGGAGGCCAAUGAGGAUGCCAGGAGACAGAUUUCCAUGAUAGCUGGACCGGAUACCAUCAUACCCUCAUUCAGCAACAGGCAUCUCCUAGGGGCAAGCACAGCCUGGCCAGCCUUGGUGCUCAAGAUGCCUCUCAAAUCAAAGCUUGUAAAGGCAAAGUUCUACUUACCCUCAACUGUUCUUUCCUCUACAAAAAUGAUACCCAGUUCCAAUGAGUUAGAGCCACUGAAUCAGAGCCCUAGUACUCUAUCCACCCCAGCACAGCCAAGGCCCCAAAUUCCAGGACAACAGGAUUCUGGCACCUUGGCUCAGCCAACUCUCAGGAAAAAAUCUGCUGCCCUGAUGCCCUCAAGUUCUGGUGACCUAUUGUUUCUGAAGCCCAGGAUGCCAUCAUGCCAGAAACCUGGUACCCUAUUACCUAUGAAUUCCAAGCCACAAUUCCCACCUCUGAAUCCUGGCACCCCAGCACAGUGCAAAACUGGCCCUAUGAAACAAGUUACUCCACUGCAUUCCAAACCUGGUGCUCCAUCACAACUUAAACUGUAUGCCCCAUCUCUCCCUCAACCUGGUGUACUCACAUCACAGUCACCUUAAAGUCUACUGCAGUUCAGGCCUAAAGUCUCUACACUUCAGAUACCCCACUCACCAUACACAAGACCAAAGGUUCCUGCUCCCCAGACCCCAAACAACCUACCAUACCCUAAACCUGAGAUCCUUUUACCCGAAACCCCUAAAAUAUCAUAACUUCUUAAACCUAGUGACCUUCCUCACCAAACUUCCCCAAGCUUAUCACUUUCCAAAACUAAGACCCCAAUCCCCAAUAAACCAAAAACCCCAUUACCCACCCAAACUGCCAGGCUCAGGACUCCACUUUCUUAGAACCUAAGCACAUUCCCAAAUAUAAUCUCAAGUUUCACAAGCCCCAGCAGUGCCAUGAACACUUCUAUCCUUGGAGAACUCUUCCCUACUCCCUUUCACCACAACCUGUGCUCUCUGCUGCACCCUGGAAGGCUCUGGCAUCAGCAUGACCAGCUGCCAGGGCCCCAAGUCACCAGGCAAAUGCUGGGACCAUCUGUGUCAGCAGUCCCAACAAUGGGUCUACCAAGCAGAUCCAGGCCUAUGCCAGAAGGUAGCUCCCCAAACCUGUCAGUCUUGCUGCCUUCUAACACCCUCCCUGAGGUGAUCACUCUCCUUCUCCCAGAGGAGCUACAGCUGCUAUCUGAGUCAAUCGUGGAGUCCAAGUUCAUGGAGUCCUUGAACCCACCAGCUUUCUAUACCUUCCUCACUCCUGAUGAAGAUGGAAAUCCACAUUGGGAUGGCAAUUCUGAAGAGAUCCUAGAAGGACCUGGAGGCCACAUGGAAUCUCAGGGAAGUUCUGCGUGGCUAGCCAAAGGCAUAUUCCCAAGCAUCUUCACCUUCUCAUCCUCAGUGGAUGGGGACCCACACUUUGUGGUCCACAUCCCACACUCAGAAGAAAGGAUCUUCUUCACACUGGACAGGAGCCCAGGGGACUUGCUACAGCUCAUAGAUGACCCAGAAGCAGGGCUGCAUGUGCAAGGACAGCUGAUUGGAGUACCACCAAGGCCAGGCUACAAGGACCAGACCCAUACCUACUUCCAGAUCAUCACAGUUACUACAGACAAAUCCCAGGCCUACACUGUCACCAUCACCCACAAUUCCAUAUCUGUGCAAGGUGAGGGUACCUUGUUCCUGUCCUGGGACCAGCCUGCCCUGCUGAUGAAACCCCAGCUGAAGGUCCAUGUGGCUGCCACAGCCCACCUUACCUGCCUUGGGCCCCACCUUGAGUUCCUAGUCCCCUGGCUCCACUAUAGGCACCACACCCUGGAACUACCCCACCUGGGGUUCUAUGUAGUCGAUGGUUCAGGCCUCAGCCCCUUGGCCCAUGGCCUGCUGGGGUAGUUCCAGCACACCAACAUCCGACUGGUGACAGGCCCUGAGGGACCAAGCUUGCAGAGGCACCAAGGCCCAGAUAUGGCUGUGGUUCUAGGCAAGAGACUGCUGAAGCACUCCCCAAGACUACAGCCUCACUGGGCUUCCUGCUGGCUGGUGAAACGCUCUCAUGUACAGAAGCUGCUGGGCCACCCCUGUCUUGUUUAUGUCCUGUGAUAGCUCCUGAACCUCAGAUCCAGGAGUCCUGAAUUUGGGAGAUUUAGAGACCAGGGCAUAGGAUGAACCAGGAAAAACGAUCAAAAAUCCAGGAUGUGGAGACACAGGGACACACCUAAGUGACACAUAUACAAGGACACCCAAACACAGACAUGUGGAAACAUGGACCUAGAGGCCCGGGGACUCCUGCUUCCUCACAGUCUUUCUUGUCUGCAGUCUCCACUCUCUUCUAUCUAUACUCCACAGCAACUUUAGCAGUGAUUUUUUUUUUAAUGAAAAGCCUGCUCCAACCUUCUCUGGCUCCCAUGAUAUAUUUAAGGCUCUCAGAGUACCCCUAACAAACCAUGCU